UAUUUUUUUUUUCUUUCUUCCCUUCUCCUUCUUAUUUGAUCACAAUUCUACUUUCACUCCGUGCAUAUUUUCUUUCACUUGAGAUGACAUGAUGAAAAUCUCACCAUUCGAUUAUUGUUUUUCUAGCUAGUUGAAUCAUCAUGGACGUUGUUCUGUUUUAAAACUCUUAAAGUGCACAGAAAAAUACAUAGCUUGAUGAUGUUGUUUUUGGAAAAUAGGAACAACUUCAUUUGUUGUGAUGUUGAUCAUUCACUUCUGGCAUGCCUGUUGUUAAAAUCUGUUAUAGAUUUUGACAUUGAAUUUCCACUGUAGUGAUUUUUUUAAAUACUUGACCUUCCUCAAUAUAACUAAAAGUAUCCGUUCUUGCUAAAGAGACUCUUCCAACAGAUUGAAUCUUUUAAUUCAGGCCCUGCAGACACUGCAAUUUCCUCACCAGCUGUUCAGAACAGGAGACCUCCAGUGUUGGUUAUAUAUAAUUUUAAGAAUUGUAAGUGCUGUUUGUGUGUUAUAGGCUGGUCUUUACUGUAAAACGUAUAUACCAGUACUAGUUUGCCUCUUCUGUGUUGAGGUUCAGAGGUCACUGGAAUUCUGUUUUGUCUGAAAUCCAUCACAGUAAAAUGUUAUUCUGUACUGCUAAUACUGGGUCAAGGAGUUUUUGUGGUUAUUGUUGUGUGGUCAGACAUUGUCUACAGCACAGGAUCAAGACCAUUCCAUGACACUUGGCUGUAUAUUUAAAGCGAUCAGCACCACAAUAUCCAAGGGACACUCAUUAGACAAUGAGGAAUUGCUCCAUGUUGCACAGUGCUGCAUUUUCUGUCCCACAUUUGAGCUCUUAGCCCUCUUAUCUCUUCUGGCAGAAAAAAACAGAUAGCAUGGCAGUGAUAAGAAAAUGGUAUUUCUGUCAUGGGAUAUCUAUAAUCAUAGAUGAUUAUGAAACUGCUGUGGCAAUAAUGUGUAUGAUAUAUAUACAUUGCUGGGACAUGUAAUUAUGGGUCUGAAUAAGUGAUGUUUGUGAUUCUCUGAUCUUUGUUUAGCUUGUCUUGAGUCAUCAUUCUUUCAACAUAUAAAUUCAAAAACACUUUAUCAUUAAUCAAUUUAUCGUAUCUUGGUUAUCACUGUACAAGUCAUGUGUUCAGUUUCAGACUGGCUCCACUUCCCUAUGAUUAUAUACAGUAUAUGCUUAAACUGAAGCUGUUGGAGAUUGGUUUGCUGACAGUUAUUGACAUUUGUUUCGUAAAUAUAGUUAUUGUUUGUUCUUGCUUUUUUACUGAUUAGCAGGUGCACGAAUUGCCUUUAUGUACCCAGAACGUUUUUUAAAUAGUAGGUCUACAAAUAUGAUACCAAACUGGGAGCUGACUAUGGUAUUGAAAUAUAAGGAGUCAUAUUAUCUGCUCUGCUGUCAUGCAUAAUUUUGUACAAUUCAGUGAGAACAAUGUUACGUAGUCUAAAGAGGAAAAAAAAGCAAUAACUUUACUCAACGUAGAACACAGAAAUUACUCAAAUUAUACUUCACUAAGCCUCUCCGUUUUGUCCUUUUGCCUCAAUUCUACUAAUACAAUGUUAAUUAAACCAAUUCAGAUUAACCCUGUGCGAUAUGAGUCUCUAAUUUUUCCUCUACGGUUAGUCAUUAAUCCUGACAGAACCCAUCAAAAAUGAAGAAUGUUUUGCAAUGCAAUCACAUUUAGAUGACGUCAUUGCACUAAAGAUAUUUGAUGUUAUUCGAUCUUAUUUAAUAAAAAUAAAGAGCAUAUAACCAUUUGAAUGUCCUGAGAGAAGGAACGGCGGUACAUCCUUCUCCUAAGUCAGUCGUUGCUAGUUUCAGCACCGUUCGUGUGGAAAGCGCUAGUACACCGCAAACAGUAAAUUGCGUAAAUUCUGCUACGUAAAUAUUAUCAGAUGCUAUUAUUUUUGCUUGAAUUCACGCUCCACUGACAAAUAAAAUCACAAAAUGACAUAUAUACUUGUAUCGAUGUGGGAGCUGUUUAAUACGUUGUCUAAUUCAUACCUGCAGUAAAAACAAAAUGCUCAGAGCGUCGCUGUUGACCAGCACUUGUACGUACUACUAAAGCAUGAAUGAUCAGCUGCAGUAAUCAGUAACGAGAAGAUCUCGUCACAAAAUGGUGUAGUCGGGCUUGUUUUUCUGCGCGCUGUUGUUUUUGAGGAACAUUUAGAAAUCUUGUAAAUAUAAAGUUAGCUGGAAUUAUCCGAGUGAGGAAUUUCAGCUCCUCAAAUAUGGGAUGCAGGAUGUUUUCAAUCCCGUUGUCUUCUCUACUCAUGGCGCUUCUUUCCUUCCUUUUUCCUGCUGCUCAUGGAGACCUGAGCUACACAGUUCCAGAGGAAACGAAGGCGCAGUAUGUGAUUGGAAAUAUGGCAAAGGAUCUCGGAAUAGAUGCUACAAAAUUAAAAACACGAAAGGCCCGAGUUGAAACAGAGGAUAGCAGCAAGCGGUAUGUGGAUAUUAAUUUUAAUACUGGAGAACUGAUCGUUUCAGAGACAAUAGACCGGGAAAAGCUUUGUGGUUCGAGGUUAAACUGCAUCCUGAAUUAUGAGCUCGUCUUAGAAAAUCCGCUAGAACUACAUCGCAUUUCUCUGAAUAUUGAGGAUAUUAAUGACAAUGCGCCAAAAUUUAUUAAUGAACGAAUUAGUUUUGAAAUCCGCGAGUCCGCUAUAAAAGGGCAGCGCUUCCGUUUGGAUGAAGCUCAUGAUUCUGAUAUCGGACAAAACGGAGUGAAUGGCUAUUCACUAGAAAAGAAUAAACAUUUUGUUUUGUCUGUACAAGAAAAUAAAAACGGACGGAAAUACGCAGAGCUUGUGUUGGAGAAAGAGCUGGAUCGCGAACAACAGAAGGAUAUUGACUUGAUUCUUAUUGCAGUGGAUGGCGGGAUUCCUCAGAGAUCAGGGACUGCUGUUAUACACAUCACUGUGCUAGAUGCUAAUGAUAAUGUUCCGGUGUUCAGUCAGCCUGUAUAUAAAGUCGUUUUAGCUGAAAACGCACCGAUAGGAACAGAAGUCGUUACUGUGAGCGCAGAAGAUGCAGAUGAAGGAGCAAAUGGUGCAGUUUCAUAUGAAUUCAGUCACAUUCCGGAUAACGCAGUACAAUUAUUUACUAUUGAUAAAUUCACUGGACUAAUUAAGGUAGCUGGAGAUGUCGACUACGAGGAGGAAAAAUAUUAUGAAAUUGGAGUCCAGGCUAAAGAUGGAUCUGGUUUAGCAUCGACUGCAAGUGUUAUUAUAGAUAUUACUGAUGUAAAUGAUAAUCCUCCUAAAAUUAUUCUUAAAUCUCUAAAUAAUCCUCUACCUGAGAAUGUUAUUGUAGGAACUGAAGUAGCCAUUAUUAAUGUUCAGGACAAAGAUUCAGGAGAUAAUCGACAGAUCCGUUGUUCAAUUCAGGGAAACGUUCCUUUCAAAUUAAAUCCAUCGAUUAAAAAUUAUUUUUCACUGGUAACCACUAGCAUGCUCGAUCGAGAGAUGAAUGAAGAUUAUAAUAUAACCAUUACUGCUACUGAUGGAGGCUCUCCACCUUUAUCUUCCUCCAUGACCAUUCAUCUAUCUAUAUCAGAUAUCAAUGAUAAUCCUCCUGUAUUUGAACAGCAAUCCUACACUGCAUAUGUAGUGGAAAAUAACCAACCAGGAACCUCUAUUAGUUCCGUUACUGCAAGAGACCCAGACUGGAGGCAGAACGGUACAGUCCUGUAUUCUCUGCUGCCCAGUGAGAUAAACGGUGUUCCAGUGUCCUCAUUUUUAUCCAUUAACUCAGAUACAGGAGUGAUCCAUGCUGUCAGGUCAUUUGACUAUGAAAAGUUCCGAAACUUUAAAGUCCAGGUCGUAGCCAGAGACAAUGGUUCUCCUCCACUCAGCAGCAACAUGACUGUGAGUGUGUUCAUAUCAGAUGAGAAUGAUAACUCUCCACAGAUAUUAUACCCUGCUCCAGAGGGAAAGUCUUUAAUGACUGAGAUGGUCCCUAAAGCUGCUCUCUCUGGCUCUCUGCUCUCCAAAGUCAUCGCUGUGGAUGCUGACUCUGGACAGAACGCGUGGCUGUCCUAUCACAUUGUCAAAUCUACUGAUCCGGGACUUUUCACUAUUGGGCUCCAUAGUGGAGAGAUCAGGGCUCAGAGGGACAUUACUGAAUCUGACAGCAUGAAACAGAACCUUGUUAUCUCAGUCAAAGAUAACGGACAGCCGCCUCUCUCUGCUACCUGUUCUGUAUAUUUACUGAUUUCUGAUAAUCUUGCUGAAGUUCCCGAACUGAAAGACAUGACUUAUGAGGAGAGCAAUUCCAAACUGACUUUUUAUUUGAUCAUCGCGCUAGUUUCCGUGUCCACCUUCUUUCUGACUUUCAUUAUUCUGAUCCUGGCUGUGAGGUUUUGUCACAGGAGAAAGCCCAGACUGUUGUUUGAUGGAGCAGUCGCCAUUCCCAGCGCCUAUCUCCCUCCCAACUAUGCAGAGGUGGAGGGAGCUGGAACUCUGCGCACUUCUUACAAUUAUGACACGUAUCUAACAACAGGAUCACGCACCAGUGACUUCAAGUUCAUCACAUCUUACAAUGACAGCACUCUUACUGCUGGUGGAACUCUGAAAAUGGCCCAAAAUGACACUUUAGCUACAAACCUUAUUACACUUAACAAUACAGGAGAGGGAGAUGAGGUAAGAAAAACCUGUGCUUUCUAUCUUUUUGUAGGUUUGUUUGAAUGGUUUGUUGUUGUUUUUUUUUUACGAAAUUCUUUAUCAUUUAAUGUGUAUUCUGAUUCAAGUCUUUGCACUUAUCGUUUCUCUGGUAAGGUGUGAUGUUAACGACAAUGCUUGUCUGUUUUUUAUAAAGCUCUCAUCUACACUGAGGGCAAACGUACGCUUCUGCUGUUUUUAUAUUCCAAGAUCAUUUUACUUGUUGGUGUCUAAAGUCAUCACUUCCUUUCUGAUCAGCUUGCAGUUAAAAUAUAUCAGAGAAAUUGAAUGUUCAUGGCGUUGCUUUCUGAAAUAAUGAGUACUAGUAAAUAUUAGGAAAAAUAUAAUAACUUCAAGUAAUUCAUCUGAUUUAAAAUGUCUUACACUUUCUUCUAAUCAAUCGAUAAAGACGAUUAAAAUUCCAAAGCUUUAGAAGAAAAUGUUAUCAUGCUAAAUGAUUCAUCACCCUUGGUUUCUCUUUCUCCACCUGAUGGUGCACAUAACCGUCAUUUUGCUAAGUCAAAAAUGAUUCUAAUGAAUACGUUGUAUGCAGUAGAAUUAUGCUUUCAAAUGAAUAUUUCUUUUUUUUUU